CUUCAAGACUCGAGGCUUCAGUAGUUAAGACUGCAAGUGACGCUGGUUUCUUCUUCACCUUGAUCUAAAUCACUGAACUUGUCUUCGAGUGAAGCUAUCCCCCAUUGGCAGUCCGUCAUUGUGCCGAACGACCAUCAACGAAAUCUUCUCUUCUGUAUUUUUAUUUUUUCUAAGCUCGGCUUUACCCGAAACUUUUCCAACUACUCGUAUUCUCUUGCUACUUUCCCCGCUGCCAAGUCAAGGCGACUGGAGUAGAUAGUCGUCAGAUUCCUUUUUCUCUGCUCGUCCGAUUCUGCUCAGAUCAUGACAGUAGACAGGGAGAAAGAUCAUGACUACGAGAACGAUAACAACAGCAGUUUAACCAUGUCGGACAAAAUUUCGCGCUCUGGGGAGGACAACUCGGAGAAGUCCGCCACUAUGACGCCUCCGUCAAUUGGGGAUGAUCAACUGCCCGUCAACAACUCAGAUCACCCAUCCCAUGAGAAAUCUGACGGAAAAGAUGUUGAGAAAGAUGGCGCGCCGUUGGACCGGACGCACUCUCAGGCGCAGAAGUUGGGGAAGAAGAAGAUUCUGAUUAUCAUGCCUGCGCUUUGUUUGGUAUUGUUCCUGGCCGCUUUGGAUAUGACAAUCGUCUCAACGGCCCUUCCAACCAUGGCUGCCCAGUUCCACGCCUCGGAAAGUGGUUAUUCAUGGAUGGCUUCCUCGUAUUUGCUCGCCAAUGCGGCCUGCAUCACCCUCUGGGGCAAGAUCAGUGACAUCUGGGGCCGUAAGCCGAUACUACUUAUGGCCAACGUUGUGUUCCUUGUUGGCAGUCUGAUUUGCGCUCUUGCGGUCAACAUGACCAUGAUGCUAGUUGGACGAGCGAUCCAGGGUGCAGGGGGUGGUGGUAUCAUUGUCUUGGUCAAUAUUUGUGUUACUGAUUUGUUCAGCGUUAGGGAACGGCCGAUGUACUAUGGUCUUUUCGGUAUGACGUGGGCCAUCGCGGGUGCUCUAGGCCCCAUUAUCGGAGGCGCCUUUACGACUGCUGUGACCUGGCGGUGGUGUUUCUACCUGAACUUACCUGUCGGUGGCGUCUCCUUGGCAAUCCUCGUCUUCUUCCUCAAGCUCGAAUCCGGUGGCACGCCGCUGUUGGAAGGCCUCCGGGCUAUCGAUUGGUCUGGCACUGUCCUCAUCAUCGGAGGCACGCUCAUGUUCCUCUUCGGGCUGGAGUUCGGCGGCGUCAACUACCCCUGGGCCUCGGCCACAGUCAUCUGCCUGAUCAUCUUUGGCGUGGUGGUCUGGGUCCUAGCGAUGCUCAACGAGUGGAAGCUCGCCAAGUAUCCUCUGAUCCCUGUGCGACUUUUCAAAAACUGGCACAACCGUCUCGUCCUCAUCGUCUGCUUCUGCCAUGCCUUUGUCUUCAUUGCCGGCUCCUACUACCUCCCGCUCUACUUCCAGACCGUGCUGCAGGCCAGCCCGAUCCUCAGCGGCGUCUACGUCCUCCCCCUUGUUCUCAGCCUCUCCGUCGUCUCCGCAGGCACAGGCAUCAUCAUCAAAAAGACAGGCCGCUACCGCGAGCUGAUCAUCGGCGGCCUGGGUCUCAUGACCCUUGGCUUCGGCCUUCUCAUCGACCUCAAAUACUACGCCUCCUGGCCCCGCAUCAUCAUCUACCAGAUCAUCGCCGGCGUAGGCGUCGGGCCCCUCUUCCAGGCUCCCCUCGUCGCCUUCCAAGCCAACAUCCACCGCUCCGACAUGGCAACCGCCACCGCAACCUUCGCUUUCCUUCGCCAGGCCUCCUCCGCCAUCGCUGUCGUCCUGGGCACAGUCGUCUACCAGAACGUUCUCGCGCGCCAACUGCCCGCCAUCGAGGCUGCCACAAGCCCCGGAACGGCAGCCACAAUCACCGGCUCCUUCGCCGGCUCCACCAGCUCGCUCGUCAAAACUCUCCCUGAGUCUGCCCGCAUCGUCGUACUCAAGGCCUUCACGCACAGCCUGAGCAGGCUGUGGAUCUUCUACACGGCUGUCGGCGGCUUCGGCUUCGUCGUCAGUCUCUUCAUCCGGCCCGUCGAGCUGAGCAAGGCGCACACCUUUACGAAGACCGGCUUGGCGGAGCAGGAGCGCGCCCGGAAGGAGAUCCUCGAGGAGCAGAAGGCCGAGGCUGCAGCUGCGGCCGCGGCCAAGCGGACGGAUCCGUCGCCAAAGGCGGAGGUAUAACCCGCCUUCCUAGCUUUCUUCAUUGUUUUUUUUUCUCGAAUGUGUAUACUUAGAUUUAAUGUACAAAGUCGGUAAUUGGGAUUGUGCAUGGCAUGCUGUGUUUUGUGUUCCAUGCGCGGUGCGUACAUAGUGCUUUUGCAUUACACUCUCCAAAAAUCAAGCACCUAAUAGAGCGU